AUGCGAACGCAUCCCACGUUUUACGUUGGUCGGCUUAAGCCGUACCAUCAGUACGCUGCUUCUUCCGAUGAAGAACGCCCUUGCGCUCAAGCAUCUCGCAGAGAGCCUUGUGCUCCCGAUGGUGGGCAUCAACAAGGGUCUGAAGAGCAGUUAUCUCAGCCCGAGACCGAUCAACAAUCCCACGAGCUACCCUUAGCUCGUCACGAAGAGAUGUCAGAGAUCUCUCGUUCUCAAGCUGAGCAAAGGCAAACUCAGCUCGAUGCUUCGAGGCAGUGUCCACCAUCUGGAGACGCCUAUUCCGCUCAUGCUCGAGAUCGUCGCGUAACCCUUGCGUUACGCGAUCAAAGAAGCUCUCGGGAACACACCGAUCCACAUGAUCGUGUGGAGAGUGUCUUUCCUCCUCCUCCACCUCCAUUAGAGGACUCUCGCGGUGGCCAGCGCUAUCUAGUAGAGCAGCUGUUGAACCACCGCGACGUGAACGGACGUCGGAUGAGUUACCUCGUCCGGUGGCGCGGUUAUCCCUCGUCCUGGGAUACUUGGGAGCCUCGCUCCCAAUUGAUGAUUGACGUACUGAGUCUGAUCAAGCAGUACGACGCGGCACAUCCCGUGCCGCAGAAGGACCGCCGGAGAAAGUCUUCCCGGCACGGUCGUUAA